AUGGAUGCCAACCUGCCGGGCACCUUCCUGCUCAACGGCCCCUCGCUGGGUCCCUUCCCCGAGGCCAAGGCGCCCGUCUGCCAGUACUCCGUGCAGAGCUCCUUCUACAAGCUGGGCCCCCCUGGGCUUGGCGCCCAGCUGGCUGCUGGCACCCCCCACGGCAUCUCCGACAUCCUCAGCCGGCCGGCAGCGACGCCGAACAGCAGCCUCCUCCCCGGCUAUCCCCACGCGGGCGGAUUUAACGGACUGAGCUCCCCAGGUGUCUAUUACGGGUCCCAGAUGGGGGCCCUCCCCAAGGCUGGCAGCGAGUACCUGCCGCGGGGCCGGAGCUGCUGGGCAGAGGCAGCCCCAGACUGGCGGGGCGGCCGGCAGUGCGGUGGCUCCCCUGCUCACCUGGCUGACAGCAUCCACAAGAAGAAGCACACACGCCCAACCUUUACAGGGCACCAAAUCUUCGCUCUGGAGAAGACUUUUGAGCAGACCAAGUACCUGGCAGGUCCGGAGAGAGCACGGCUAGCCUAUUCCCUUGGCAUGACUGAGUCACAGGUGAAGGUCUGGUUCCAGAACCGACGGACCAAAUGGAGGAAGAAGAGCGCCCUGGAGCCCUCCUCAUCCUCGCAGCGGGCAGGGGGCUCUGGCGGAGAGCGGGCAGCCUCUGAGACCGAGGACGACGAGUACAACAAGCCCCUGGACCCCGACUCAGAUGAUGAGAAGAUCCGGCUGCUGCUGAGGAAGCACCGCGCAGCCUUCUCGGUGCUGGGCUUGGGCACGCACAGCGGCUGAGUGCCGGCACAGCCUGCCCCUCUGGGC